UCGAACAACUCUGCCUACGGUUUUACGGUUAUACAGGCUUUUCAUUUGACGAAAUCUGCGCCAUGUUGGAUUGCAGCGUAAGUCUGUAAACAACACAAAGAUACUACUGCUUAAUUUAAUUAUCAGCCAACAUAUGGUCGUCGGAGGAUUCAAAUUAUAAUUAGUAUAACGUCAAUGAAAAGCCUGCAGACAAUUAGUCGUCGGGACAGUACCGUACGCAACAACAUGGGAGGGACUCCAAAGCUUCACAGUUCCAUUAUUCUUCUUGUUCUCCUGUGUCUUGCUGGCUACAAGAGCAGUGCAGAGAAGAUUUUGAUGGUGCCUUUGCCUGUGUUCAAUAGCCACUGGAUGGUAGCGGCGUCAAUCGGGCAGGCUUUGGUGAACAAAGGUCAUGUUGUCACGGUGGUUGUUGAAGAGGACAUCGUGGAGAAACGACGAUCAGAGAGGCCUGACUUUACGUUUGAGACAUUUCAAGACGACGGAUUUGGAUCACGCCUUCGGCAAUUCCAAGACGACGUCUUCCGAAUGGCAGAAUCGAUGUCAGCCUCCGAGGAAUUUAUACAGCACACAAAGGCGGCUGACUGGGCAAAAAAACACUGCGAGCAUCUAUUAGGUGGAGAUGAUGGUGACCUAUUGAGGAGAUUAAAAACAGCACAAUACUGCGUUGUUAUUUCUGACCCCUUUUUAAGAUGUGGCACCAUAUUGGCAGCAAACCUAGGGAUUCCGCACGUCGCAACGGACCCAGGUAACAAUCUUAAUGAUGGUUGGUUUAUCAGCCAAAUGCAAAGAUUGGAAAAUACGUACCUUGUCGUUUUAAGAAAUUGGCUUUACGCUUACAUCUAUGACGAUCUGGUCCGUAAUUAUGUCAGCGAGACAGACACUAUCCAUAGCCUGACGUCACGCACGGACUUGUGGUUGCACCAGACCGACACGGUGCUGAAUUUCCCCCGUCCCUCCAUGCCUAACAUCGUCCAGGUUGGUGGGCUGACCGUCCGUGCUGGAAUCCCUCUUUCUGAGGACCUAGAGGAUUUUAUGCAGUCAUCUGGAGACGACGGAGUGAUCGUUGUCAGCUUUGGGACGAUGGUCCAUACGAUGUCGACGGAAAGGAAAGAAAUGUUCGCAGCAGUCUUCGCGCAGCUCCGACAGAAGGUGGUGUGGCGGUACACGGGAGAGAAGCCGGCCUGUCUGGGUAACAACACCAAGCUGAUGUCCUGGCUGCCUCAGAAUGACUUACUGGCUCAUUCCAAGACCCGGGCAUUCGUCAAUCAUGCUGGGUUGAACGGAGUGUACGAGUCCCUGUACCACGGUGUGCCCAUGGUCUGUUUCCCGUUGUUCGGGGACCAUCCUGGAAACGCCGCCCGGGUGGUGGCCAGGGGACUGGGGAUCAGUUUGGACUUCAGCACGGUCACCUCCGAUCAGUUGUAUAAGGCUGUACUUCAUGUUCUCACCAACAGCAGUUACCGUGAGACGGCGGCCCGCCUGUCCCGUCUGCACCGUGACCAGCCCCAGUCACCCAUGGAGCUGGCCGUCUGGUGGAUAGAACACGUCAUCAAACAUGGCGGACUGCCCCAUCUCCGCGCACGCGCCAUGGAGCUGCCGUGGUACCAGUACUACCUGCUGGACGUGGCUGCGUUCCUGUUCGGCAUUUGUUCAGCUGUUCUGGGGACCCUGUGGUACAGCUGUUCAUUCGUCUGUAGGAAGGUUUGCUGUAAAAGAGGCGGCAAAAUUAAAUCACAGUAAAAGUUAUAAUAACAUUUGUUUUCAGCCUUUUUACGUUAAAGAUCCUGGUUAUUAAUUAUGUAAAAACAUUUACAUUGUGUUUUAGUUUCAAUCAAAACAAUAUCUUUAAAAUAAUAAGCUUCAAAACCAAGGUUUUACCGAUAUCUUUAAUCACGAUGUUAAAUACAUCAUGUUUUCAUCUGAGUGCCAUUAUUUCCAAUCCAAUGGACUGUUCAAUAGUAACCAUUUGCAGGACUGUUCAAUAGCAACCUUUGCAGGAAUGGAUUUACUCUACAGACGUCGGGUGCCUGUACACGCAACAUGGGGCAUAAAAGGCCAAGCAGAUUUUGGGAGCGGAAAAAUUUUCUGUUUUCUUAGCAGCACGUUAACGUUGUUAUCUAGGCAGUUUGUUAGCGGACAUUAAACUGGCGAUGGAGAAACGUAAUAGUACACUUCAACUGUAGCUGAAUAUUUCAGGGAAUUUUUCCAAGCAACUGCACAUUUCUUAUUCAUAAAGAUAACAUUAAAAAAACGACUAAAAGUGCAGAGACAAAGUGGUGGCGAGCUCAAGUUGUGAAAACUUAUGUUAAAGCCGCCAUUUGUACAAUGGAAAGUAAAAUAUUAAACAGGACCAUUAAACAUUACAAAUGCAUGUUAUAAAUGAAUAGAUUAAUAGAUACAUCAAGUUUUGGCGUGAGUUUAAACCCCUUCCCGGCAAAAUAGAAAAUAACACAGAUAAGGCCUACGCCUGAUUCCUACCUAAGGCCCGGCCGGGCUGUUUCCGGAAACGAAAAAUUGAAGUUUUAAUGCCAAUAAAUAUGCACAAUGCAUGCUGUUGCAUUAUUUUCGGUCCAUUUUGUGUUGUUGCUGUCUUUUAUACCAUAAUUAUCUUUCCUAAAAGCUACCCGGCCGGGCCGAUUUGUGGAAAUAUGACCUUAGCCUAACUAACUAGGAUUGUUUUGUUCCUAUGAUGUAAUGUUGCGUAGCUACAUAUUUCUAAAGUUGACUUAGAUUUAAAUAGACCAGUUGGAGUUACCGUAGUAUAAACAGCGGUGUCGGAAAUAUUUUUGAAGUCAACUUAAUGUCCCAAAAUCCCUUAGAGCUUGUAGAGUAUGUAGAGUGGACAUUAUUAGUAGUUUAAUUUGUGUAAUUGUAUGGACACCCGCAGAUACAAGAUGGACUUGUUACAAGAUCGCGAGGAAAAAGACUGUGAUUCGAGCAAGUAAAACGAUUAUGAUUCAAGUAAAUAAAAUGACUCUGAUUCAAGCUACAAAUGCUUAUACAAAGUCGAUACGAAAAAAACAGGAGAAUCGAGAACCAAAGCUAAAAUGAAUCAUCUUGGCGGGCUUUUGAUGUCUGCUCCAAAUUUUACGUCGCAUAACGCAAGAACAGCUUACGCUAGAGCCACCAAAAUUUGUUGAGUUUUCCUAAAAUUUAGCUGGUAACAAAUUCUCGGAGUUUGAAAAAAAAAUACGUGUUGCCAUGGCAGACAUUUGUUGACAGGCAUUGACGAAAAUCACUAAUUUCGGUUCUAACAAUGUAUUUUUCACGUUUAUUUGCUAUAUUACUGCUAUUUUAUUAUAUAGAUAAAAUCUUAUGAUAUCUUGAUUACCUUUCAUAAUUAUCAAAUACGCAUAGAUAACGAUAAUUUGAUGACGUCAUCGGCCAACAUGUAAGAUGGCGUACCAUGUGACGAGAUGAAUGUUUGUAGCUUUAACUUUAAGUCUUCCCAAACUCAGAUUUGGAAAUGACGUCAAUGUUACCUAAUCACUUUGGCGCCCUUAUUGUCAUUGGGGUGUGUGUUCACCGAGUGAAUAUAUUCCUUUUUUAUUA